GUCAUUCUCCAAACAAAUCAUGCCAAUAAAGGCAACCCCUUUGGCUUCACUUCAGUCCAGACACUCAUUUUCCUACUCAAACAAAAACACUCAAAUUCAAACUGAAACAACAAAACAAAACAAAACAAAAUAACGUCUCUCAUGCUCUCAUUUGCCAAGUAACUCUCCUUGUUUGUUGUUUCUGUUAUAGAAAUGCUUAUGAAGCUUCAACUCUUGUACACCCACACACCCAUAUUCACAAUUGUAAACACUUACACAGACAAAGCAGAACAAGUUUCCAACAACACAGUUACAAAACAGAUAAUUCAUCUCAAAAACGGUACAAGCAUCGUUAAGCGCGUAGAAAAGAGUGGAGUUAGAAAAAAUCAAGACACCCAGUUGAAGAAACAGUGUCCUGAGAAGAAUUCAGAUGAUGGGGUUGUUCAAAAAACGAAAGGUGAUAUGCACACCAAGUGUUCGACGAAAUGUGUCUCUUACGGUAGAAUUAUUCCUUCCAUUUUGAAAGACUUGGAUAGGGUUCAGGAUGUUGAAGAAGCUUUAAGGCCGUGGGAAAACAAGAUUGACAACAAGAAAAAGAGUAUCAUUUUGAAACAGCAGAUGAAGUGGGAUAGAGCUUUGGAAAUUUUUAACUGGUUUGAUGAAAAUUCUCAUGAAUUGAAUGUGAAUCAUUACAACAUUAUGAUUUGGGUUCUUGGUAGAGCGCGUAAAUGGACGCUUUUGGAGGGUUUGUGGAAUCAGAUGAAGGCAAGAGGGAUUGUUGCUACCAAUUCUACUUAUGGAACUUUGAUUGAUGUUUAUAGUAAAGCUGGACUUAGAGAAGGCGCGCUUUUCUGGCUUGAGACUAUGCGUGUACAAAAGAACGAAGUUCGAAAAAAUCAAGACACCCAGUUGAAGAAACGGUGUACUGAGAAGAAUUCAGGUGAUGGGGUUCUCGAAAAAAGGAAAAUUGGUGUGUAUACCAAGUGUUUGACGAAAUCUGUCUCUUACGGCGGAAUUAUUCCUUUCAUUUUGAAAGAUUUGGAUACGAUUCAGGAUGUUGAAGAGGCUUUAAGACCGUGGGAAGUUAAGAUUAAUAACAAGGAAAGGAGUAUCAUUUUGAAGCAGCAGAUGAAGUGGGAUAGAGCUUUUGAAAUUUUUAACUGGUUUGAUGAAAAUUCUCAUGAAUUGAAUGUGAUUCAUUACAAUAUUAUGAUUAGGAUUCUUGGUAAAGCGCGCAAGUGGGCGGUUUUGGAGGGUUUGUGGAAUCAGAUGAAUGCUAGAGGGAUUGUUGCUACAAAUUCUACUUAUGGAACUUUGAUUGAUGUUUAUAGUGAAGCUGGAGUUAGAGAAGACGCGCUUUUCUGGCUUGAGACUAUGCUAGAACAUGGUAUUGAACCUGAUGAGGUGACUAUGGUGACUGUAGUUCAACUGUAUAAGAAAGCAGGAGAGUUUCAGAAAGCUGAGGAUUUUUUCAGAAAGUGGUCAUUAGGUGAACCUUUGAGGCCAAAUAAUCAUCAUACGACGGAUGCUCUGGAAUUGGACGAGAGGACAUCGUUUUUAAAUGCUUCUUUUGGGUCACAUACUUAUAACACUUUGAUUGAUACAUAUGGAAAGGCUGGUCAGCUUAAAGAAUCUUCGGAAACAUUUGUUAAGAUGCUUAAACAAGGCAUCCCACCUACCAGGGUGACAUUCAAUACAAUGAUUCACAUUUGUGGGAACCAUGGACGGUUAGAAGAAGCAAGUUCACUUCUUCGGAAAAUGGAAGAAUUGCGAUGCUCACCUGACACAAGGACCUAUAAUACUCUUAUCUCUCUCCAUACCAAGCAUAACGAUGUAGACAUGGCCACAAAAUAUUUUAAAAGAAUGAAGGAGUCCUGCCUUGAGCCAGAUCAUGUGAGUUACCGUACCCUCUUGUAUGCAUACUCAAUAAGGAAAAUGGUUCGUGAAGCAGAAGAGCUUAUAACUGAGAUGGAUGAGAAGGGCCUUGAAAUUGAUCAGUUCACCCAGUCUGCUCUAACUCGGAUGUACAUCGAAGCAGGAAUGCUUCAACAGUCCUUGUUAUGGUUUCAGAGGUUUCAUCUGGCUGGCAAUAUGACAUCUGAGUGCUAUGCUGCCAACAUUGAUGCAUAUGGGGAACAGGGACAUAUUUCGGAAGCUGAGAGAGUCUUCCUUUGGUGCCAAGAAAGGAAGAAUCUCAGUGUCCUUGAGUUCAAUGUGAUGAUUAAAGCUUAUGGUAUAGGGAAAUGCUACGAUAAAGCGUGUCAGUUGUUUGAUAGUAUGGAUACACAUGGUGUAGUUGCAGACAGAUGCAGCUAUAGUUCUCUCAUACAAAUUUUGGCCACUGCUGACCAGCCACACAUUGCCAAACCUUAUUUGAAAAAGAUGCAGAUGGCAGGAUUAGUGACUAAUUGCAUCCCAUACUGUGCUGUGAUUUCCAGUUUUGUAAAAUUAGGGCAAUUGGAAAUGGCAGAAGGUGUGUACAGGGAAAUGAUUAGACAUGGUGUGAAACCUGAUGAUAUAGUUUAUGGGGUAUUGAUCAAUGCUCUGUAUGAUGCUGGAAGGGUUAAAGAAGCCGUCAGUUAUGCUGAUGAAAUGAAAAGAUCUGGCUUGCCGGGGAAUACAGUUAUAUAUAAUUCUCUGAUUAAGUUAUAUACAAAAGUUGGCUACCUGAAAGAAGCACAAGAAACAUACAAGUUGGUUCAAUCAUCAGAAGAAGGUCCUGCAGUAUAUUUGUCAAAUUGUAUGAUCGAUCUGUAUACUAGACAAUCUAUGGUUGACCAAGCAAAAGAGAUAUUCGAGACCUUAAAGAAAAAUGGAACUGCCAAUGAGUUUUCCUUUGCAAUGAUGUUAUGUUUGUACAAGAAAAUUGAAAGGUUUGAUGAAGCCGUUCAAAUUGCAAACCAGAUGAGAAAAUUAGGACUUUUGACAGAUUCAUUAAGUUAUAAUAAUGUGCUUGACCUGUAUGCUACUGCUGGGAGACCCAAAGAAGCGGUAGAGACCUUCAAGGACAUGGUAACAGGUUCCAUUCAACUCGAUGGUUGUAGUUUAAGAUCACUUAGAAAUCUUUUGCUUAGAUACGGAGCAUCAAGGCAAGCUGUUGACAAAUUACAAGUAUUGAUGAAAAAGGAUGCUUCCCAUGGUUUGCAGGCAUUGAUGUCAGCACUCACAAGUCUGAUUGAAAUAGAUGAUUAUGAUAACGAAUAGAUAUAUCCUCUGCAACUGGUCUUCAUUGACAUUGCUUGGUCAGGCUUGCAAAGUUUGGUUGAUGGAUAUGACAACGCCAUCGGCAUGACAGCAUAUUCGAAUUUUGAAGUGCAUUCUAUAUGGAAGAUUGACAUGAUCCUGCGAUCGGUAUGCUUCAUUUUGAUCCAGUCUUACGGCUUAAUAGGGCCAAUAAGAAUUUGGGUUGAAGCUAUUGGUCGUGCGAAUAGACAAGUUCCCUAAGGUGAUCUAUGAACUGGGCAUGGAUCGAAGACUGCCUUGUACUUGUGGCCAAAGGCAAACCAGGGAAUUCUGAAGCCUUGACUUCUAACAUAAUUACAGUGAGAAGGAAUCUAAAGAAGGCAAGCUCGAUUCUUUAAUAUUUGGAUGAACCAUGCAAUGAAGUGUAAAUUAAAAAACAGUAGAUAUUUUUUGGACCUUUCUUGUAUAAGUUGUUGUAUAUGUAAAAUCGAUAAUUCUGUUUUGAGCUGGGAA